AGAGCCAUCUGCUCAUUCUAGGAGUGAGCUAGUCUUCAGGCGCAGGGGCAUUUUUGAGUGUCAACACCUGUUCAGAGCAAAAAUAAAUCCACCAUGUCGUCGAGAACCUUCCCUACGAGCGGUCCCUCCGCUCCCAGCAAGGUGAAAACGACGCGGAACUACCCCAGCAAUAGGCAACAUCAACCCGAACCAGCAAGUCCUUCCCAACAUGUACAAACCGAACAACUGAACGGAAGACAACUGGAGCAGAAGCGGACCGAAUUGCUGCAGAGAUCGCUAGAGAUCCGCGCGUAUGGAUUGCAAAAAUGUCUGGGUCUGGAUAGAUUCGAAUUUGUGAUGCAAAUUCUACACUAUGACAAAAUCUGUCAUGCAUGGUCAGCAAAAGGCCCCAUUUCCUGUUACAGAAAGGAGGCAUUUGUCAUGCCGAUUAGGCAUUGGGAUACCUGCUCGGAAUCUGUGAUGCUAGGGCUUGCAUGCCUGACAAUCUGGGCUAAGCAAAAACUGCAUCACAAAUGUCUGCACUCUUUCAGACCCAGACGUAUUUGCAUUUGAUAGCGCGCAGUUGGAUGCGGAACUCGCGGCCGCGGAGGAGGCGACGCUGAAUAUGGAAUGCAAAUAUGUCUGGGCCUGGAAGGUUGCAACUUGUGAUGCUGUCUUUGGAAGCUAAAAAAAAUCUGUAUUGCAUGACCAGCAAGAAAGGUUCAGUUUGUGCUACGCGGAGUGGGCAUUUCUCAUGCGGAAUACGCAUCAGAAAGUCCUCGCAAAAUCUUUGAUGCUAGGGCAUGCAGCACAGCCUCAUGAUGAGUCAUGCAAAAUCUGCAUGACAAACUCCCGCAUUCUUCCAGACCCAGACAUAUUUGCAUUUGAUACUGAAGAUCAAGGAGCUAAAUCCCAUCGGCACACCUGCCUUGACUACGACAACUCCAAACGUAAAAAAACAAAAAGCAACAUCUUCAAACAAUGACAACGACGAAGAGGGCGGGGCUGAAGACGACGAGAACAUGGGCGACAUCGCGCUGCUAUCCUGUGCAAAAGUAUCGUAUUCGUAUGAAUGCAAGUCUUGCAUUACAAAAAUUUUUCUUAAGGUAAAUCAGCAUGACAAAUUUUAUUUCUCAUGCUGAGGAGAUUUGUAAUGCAUUUAUACGAGUGCGAUACUUUUGCAGUUCAUAGCUACACUUGGAAGACGAAUCCGUGAUCGACCGAUAUUUUCGGUCCAAAAUCCUAAAUAUGGAUUGCAAAAAUGUCUGGGUCUGGAAGAUUCUAAACUUGUAAUGCUGUCUCUGGAUUCUAAAAGAAAUUGUAUUGCAUGACCAGCAAGAGGACUCCAGUUUGUGCUACGCGGAAAGGGCAUUUCUCAUGCGGUAGAGGCAUCAGAAAGUCCUCUAAAAAUCUGUGACGCUAGUUCGUGCAUUACAGACAUCCUGGGUCAUGCAAAACAUGCAUGAGAAAUCUCAGAAUCUUCCAGACCCACACAUUUUUGCAUUUGAUACUAAAACACUGGCUCACCUCGGCGCACCAGAUCCAGUCCUGGCGGAAGCGGGCGCUUUAUCCAGUGCAAGAGUAUCGUACCCGUACUAAUCGCAGUCAUGCAAGACAACUCUCAUUUUCAAGCUAAAUUAGCAUGACAAAUUCCCUUUGUCAUGCUGAGCUAAUUUGUGUUGCAAUACUACGACAGUACGGUACUCUUGCAAUUCAUACGCUUGUUGCGGAGACGAAAUUGGAACAGUUGAACGAAAGGAACUUAGUGACGAAAAUGAAGUUAUCCCGUGCAGAAGUAUCGUACUGCUACUCGUAGUAAUUGCAAUCAUGCAUUACAAAUUUUUUUCUGAAGGUAAAUCCGCAUCAGAAAUUUUAUCUCUAAUGCUGAGGGAAUUUGUCAUGCAUUUAUACGAGUGCGAUACUUUUGCAUAGGAUAGAAGUCGUUGCACAUGAAACCGAGCGAUUACGGGGUCGGGGUCCACCUCGGAGCUGCUGGUAGCAGCUCUUCUCCAGUUGUUCCAAUAUCCUGUGGAAAAGUAUCGUACUCCUAUUGCAAUCAUGCAUUACAGAUCCUUUUCUUAAGGUAAAUCUGCAUUACAAAUUUUAUUUCUCAUGCUGAGGAAAUUUGUAAAUGAAUUUAUACGAGUACGAUUAUACUUUUGCAGUUCAUAUCCAAGAACAUCAAGCAAUUCGCCGCAUAAAAAUAAACCCUCCUCGUCUUCUACCACCUCCUUGGUCCGACCCAGCACCGCCGCAGCCACCGCCGGAGGUUCUUCUUCCAGUUUAUUUUUCCCGGACAGCCGACACACCUCAGUAGCUGCUGCAGCUGAUGUGUUUGACCAUCACCAGGUGCAGAACCCCCCGGUUCCGAGCAGACUAUCAAGCAAUAAUUCUACAACUGUUCUUGUCCCGAACCCGAUCAAAUCUGAAGAAUUCCUGACGCACCUCCACCACUCCGCCGAGUUGAAUUUUCCGAACACGGACGCGCUUCCGUCCGCAGAGGUUUUGAAGUUUCAACCAGUAGGUGAACAGUUGCAAAUGCUUUUUCACGAUGACCACAACGGGCACACGGUGAAUAGCAAGAUGCUGAUGUUGGUGAAGAAAGCGAAGGAGGAGUUGAUGAAAUCUCUACAAGUUUCGGAGGAAGAGGAAAAGAUCAAAAACGCAACUUCAGCCGGUGGUGGGACAAGAACUUCCUCUAGUAUUAAAGCAGCAACUUCAUCAGCAGGUACAACUAGUAGAAACGUCAACCCUUCCGACAUGACGAAACUGAUUCAGCAAUUGGAGCACAAGCUGGAUAGCUAUCCUGUGCAAAAGUAUUGUACUCGUAGUAAUUGCAUUUAUGCAUCACAGUUCAGCAUUACAAAUUUAAUUUGUAAUGCUGGGCUAAUUUGUAAUGCAAUUUAUACUAGUACGAUGCUUUCGCAAUGUAUAAUAGCUGCAGAACGGCGAUGUCCAAAUUGAUCAAGCAAGUGGACUAUGGCGUGCAAAUAUCUCUGGGUCUGGAAACCUGUGAUGCUGAAUCCUGCACAUGACUGCAACGCUUGCAAUGGCAGCCAAGCAUGACAAACUUUCGGAACGCUUUUUGCUGCGUGACGCGGAUGACAAAUUAUUGCCGUUUUACAUAACAAGGAAAGCUCCUGCUCACUUGCUCCUCAUGCAACACAGAUUUAUUUCCAGGAAUGCAAGAUACGCAUAACAAGUUCUUGCAACCUUCCAGACAUCCAGCGAUAUUUGCAAUGCAUAUGGAACAGGACCGAGUUCUGCUCGACCUCCGGAGGCAGCAGGCGCUGCUUUGUCAACAGGUGAUACAAUCCACCAAGGCGGGGAAGGCGGGGGUUGAGAAAGUCGUAUGACAGCCUCAGAAUGGAAAUCCUCAAAGUGGAAAUGAUUUGUAAUGCAAAAAAACGAUUCCAGUUGAAGUGCCAUUUCUAAUCGGCGCAUGACAAAUUUCCCGGGCACUCAAAACAUGUCUGUCAUGCUAGUUAGGGCAAAGGUGUGCCCUUCUCUCGUGCCAAUCAGCAGCCCAAUUCUGAGCCCGUAGAAGCACAAUAGUCGGCCUCCAUUGCGUCCUCUGCAAUACAGUCUUUUUGGUGUCGCAUUUCAUGCAUCACAAAUUAUUUCCACUUUGAGAAUUUCCAUUCUCAGGCUUUCAUAAGUCGAAAAGGAGAAAUCUGGGGUGGAAAAGAAGGAAAAACACGUCAAGCUUGUGCUGGAGAAAGUGGUAAUAUGUAAUUUGGAAUAUAAGCGAAUAUGUGUGAUUUGUACUACAGAUGGGUCGUGUUUUGAUUGCUGCAACGAAGUAAUAAAAAACUUUUGCUUGCAGAAUCAUGUAGCCACAAGAUCAUGUUGGUCGUGCAGUUCUGUCCUGAGUGGGACACGAGAAAAGUUAAACUACUUCGAAGAGAUCGAUGACAGUUGACUGCGAGAAAAUUAAUAAUUAGUCAAACUAAACAUCCCAUCCCAGGUCGCCACCCUUGGCCAGCUUUCCGAGAAGGCGAAGGGCUUUGUGAAACGUACAACCGGCGCUACUAACCCAGCAGGGAUCGGACAAGAUCCGUCGGUAAGACUGCUACUCGGCGGGGGCGCAGAGGACGAUGACGCCAACCUCCAAGGCGACGCCUCGAUAUCCGCACUGGGUGACACCACUACCACCUCGAACCAAGCCGAUAGCGGAGCUGUGGUAGAAGCAGGAAAUGAAUCAGCAUUGACAUCAUCUUCAUCGUCGCGAAUGAAUAACCUGGCCGCGAAUGCUAUGGCGUUCUCAAACGUUACAUUCUCAACUGUUGCUUGAAUUUGUGAUGCAAGAAUGGCAAAAGUGAAAGGAAGGACCUUGCGCGUCUUGCGUGACAGAUUUGGCGCAGAUUCGCAGCCUGUUUGGCCGUCUGAGAAUUUGUCAUGCGAAGCAGCUUGAUGGCGUUGAUAGUCAAGGCAAUUUUGCAUGACAAAUCAUGCAACAGCUGAGAAUGUAACAAUUGAGAGCGCCAUAAAUGCUAGGAUGUCGGUGUUCGAUCGGAUGGCGAAAGAGUUUAUGAACUGCAAAAGUAUCGUACUCGUAUUGCAAGCAUGCAUUGCAAAUCUUUUCCUUAAGGUAAAUCCGCAUCACAAAUUUUAUUUGUCAUGCUGAGGAAGUUUGUAAUGCAUUUAUACGCGUGCGAUACUUUUGCAGAGCAUAGAGCUGGAUAAACCGCAGAAGAUCAUAUGAGAGUUGUGCACAACUUGAGCUUCGACUCCCCCCUUUGUUUGUCAUGCAAAAUAGUACCAAAGCACUUGCACUAGCACUCUUUAUUUUCCUCUUCCUUUUGUCAGUGUUUGCAUGACCACAGAUUUGGGCAGCAGCCCACAGAACAGCACGACAAUCCUGAGAAGUUGUAGAUUUGUCAUGCAAAAAAUCCUGUACUCUUGCCGAGGCUUCUAUUUUUGCUGUUCCUGCCCUACAAAAGACAAAGAGGAGAUAACUGGGGACGAGUUGUGCACAACUCUCAUAACACGGGAAGUUUGUCGUGGAGAAUUUGGUCGAGGAGCUACAGACCAUGUGCGAGACGAUCAUGGUAUAGAACUCGUACUCAACAUCGCAGUCAUGCAAGACAAAUCUUUGUUCUGAGCUAAAUCAGCAUAAGAAAUUAUUCCAUCUGCCAUGCUGAGCUAGUUUGUUUCUAUUGCAAGAAUUUUUACCAGUAGUGCCAGUGCGAUACUUUUGAUUCUUGAAGUCUGACAACUUAUUUGUUGGAGUUGAAGAUGCACUCGAUUCUCAUUCUUCUGCAUGAAAUAAAAACUCCAAGCAUAUAGCAUCAUUUUUUUUUAUUUUUUCCAUUUGCCUGGAAAACCAAAACGAGAAGCAUGGUUUAUUUGUUCAUUCCGAAAAGUCCGAUCUUAAUGCAAGGAAAACGUCUUCUGGUUCUACCACUGCAGGUCGCUCUCGAUUCGGUGGCCAGUAGUGGCUUCGAAAGUGGUCCCAACUUCUACACUGCCGCAGCAGCUAGUUCAGGGACGACGAACAAUCUGGGCAUUACGUUAGGUGGCUCUCUCCCGGCGCAGCUGCAGGGGGUUGGGAACUUAAACGGUAGCAGUUAUCAAAUGCAAAAAUGUCUGGGUCCUCUGGAAGAUUCUAAACUUGUAAUGUUGUCUCUGGAUUCUAAAAAAAUGUGUAUUGCAUGACCAGCAAGAGGACUCCAGUUCGUGCUACGCGGCGAGGGCAUUUCUCAUGCGGUAGAGGCAUCACAAAGUCCUCUAAAAAUCUGUGAUGCUCGGGCAUGCAUCACAGACAUCAUGGGUCAUGCAAAAUAUGCAUGACAAACCUGGCAAUCUUCCAGACCCAGACAUUUUUGCAUUUGAUAGCAGUCUUUUUCCUCCAAGAACUUCCAGAUAUUAAGAGGAAAAAUUUCCCUCCCCAUACUCAAAGGGAGAUUUGUCUAGCAUGAUUUGUGAUCACAAAUCACGUUGUCAUGCGUAGAACGGAAGAGAUGCGGACUGUAGUGCUGGCCAGCGUGGGAACUACGCCUUGCGUCUGCAGCAUGACAGGAAGCAGCUGGAAACGGGAAACAGCAUGACAAAUUGCCUGCAAACGGAGGAGCAGCUGCGUGCUUUUACCUUCUAGCAAUACAGAUCGAUUUGUGGUCACAAAUCAGCAUCGCAAAUUUUCUCUUCGAUACGGGGAGGGGGGAUUUUUCCUUUUGAGACCAGAAGUGCUGCCGCUGCUGCGACUGCGAACUACGCGUAUUUGCAGUAUUACUAUCCUGUGCAAAAGUAUCGUACUCGUACUGUAAUUAUGCAUUACAAAUUUUUUUCUCGAGGUAAAUCCGCAUUACAAAUUUUAUUUCCCAUGCUGAGGGACUUUGUCAUGCAUUUAUACGAGUACGAUUUACUUUUGCAGUUCAUAAUUACCCUCCGGUAGCACUAGAGCGGGAGCAACACCAGCAGGAGGCGGCAUCGUAUCAAAUGCAAUAAAUAUGUCUGGGUCAUCUGGGAGAGUGCGACGAGGUCGAGGUUUGUCGUGCUAGUCCGGCAUGACUCUGGACUCUGUAUUGCGUGGCCGCAAACAAGAGCUCUUCUUGCUUGUCGUGCAAAAACGCAGUUUGUCAUGCGGAGUACGCAUGAACUCAGAACCACGAAAAAACUUGUCAUGCUUGGCAGCGCAUAAUUACACCAGUGUGCUCGCUAUUCCCUUCCUUGCAUCACAAGUUUCCAGACAUCCAGGGAUAUUUGCAAUGCAUACAUCGCUACAAGAAACGAUCGAUCGGACGAGCACCACGGCGCAUGAAGCGUACCGGCAGAUAUCAAAUGCAAAUACGUCUGGGUCUGGAAGAAUGCAUGCUUGUCAUGCUUGUCUGGCAUGACUCUUGCUUCUGUCAUGCACGUUACCCAAGGGUCGCAUUUUUCUGUCAUGCAGAAACGCAGUUUGUCAUGCAGAACAGGCAAUAUUACCUAAAAGCUCAGAAACUUGUCAUGCUGUUCAAGUAUUUGUGGCCCUCAUGAUACGCCACCCAGCAUUACAAGUUUCCUGACCCAGACAUAUUUGCACUCAAUAGCAGAUUAUGGUGGGCAAAAACGUCUCCACCCCAGAGUCAAGAUGGGAAAUCUCUGCAGCUGGCUGUUGCGCAUGACAACUUUGGGUUCGCUAUGUAAUCGUCUUUCGCUAGUGCAGCAGCGUCACAGAUCUAGCAUAACAUGGGGAUUUGAACUUCACAAAUCGCAAAACACCAGUAGAAAUAACCGCUUCUCAUGGGUCUGCGCAUGAGAAACAUCUUCAGCAUGCAGAUUCGCAUUACAACUCUGGGAUGGGGACGUUUUCACAAAUGAUACAGAUGGUGAAUAAGUACUCGAAAGGUGGUAUCCUGUGCAAAAGCAUCGUACUCGUAUUGCAAUCAUGCAUUACAAAUUUUUUUCUCAAGGUAAAUCCGCAUUACAAAUUUCAUUUCUCAUGCUGCAGGAAUUUGUAAUGCAUUUAUACGAGUACGAGACUUUUGCAGUUCAUACGUGGGGAUAGUGUUGUCUUGGGCAGAAGCUGA